ACCUCCCUGUGGACGCGACCCCUCGAGCUCCCGCAGAAGUCUCUGGGCCCGGGGGGGGCCUGGCGGGACAUGGCCUUGGCCACUGUGGCAGCAACAAGACUGGGCCUCGGCCGGGCCCCUCCGCUCCUCCUCCGGCGCGGCUACCAGACAGAGAGGGGUGUCUACGGCUACCCGCCGAGGAAGCCCGAGAGCCGGGAGCCCCAGGGCGGCCUGGCGCGCCCCCCAGUGGAUCAUGGCCUUGCCAGGUUGGUGACGGUGUAUUGUGAGCAUGGCCAUAAAGCUGCCAAAAUCAACCCCCUCUUCACUGGCCAAGCCCUGCAGGAGAACGUGCCUGAAAUCCAAGCCCUCGUGCAGACGCUGCAGGGACCCUUUAAUACCGCAGGAUUACUGAACAUGGGGAAGGAGGAGGCCUCUCUCGAGGAAGUGGUAGCCUAUCUCAACCAGAUCUACUGUGGGCAGAUUUCUAUUGAAACCUCCCAACUUCAGAGCCAGGAGGAGAAAGAAUGGUUUGCCAAGCGGUUUGAGGAACUGAAAAAGGAGACAUUUACCACAGAAGAGCGAAAACAUCUGUCAAAACUAAUGCUAGAAUCUCAGGAGCUUGACCACUUUUUGGCCACCAAGUUUGCCACGGUGAAGCGAUACGGAGGCGAAGGAGCUGAAAGCAUGAUGGGCUUUUUCUAUGAGCUGCUGAAAAGGGCGGCCUACAGCGGGGUAACCGAUGUCAUUAUUGGGAUGCCACAUAGAGGGAGGCUGAACUUAUUGACAGGCCUUCUGCAGUUCCCUCCAGAGCUGAUGUUCCGUAAAAUGCGAGGCUUAAGUGAAUUUCCGGAAAAUGUCUCAGCCGCUGGCGAUGUCCUGUCUCACCUGACGUCCUCGGUUGACCUGGACUUUGGCGCGCACCAUCCCCUCCACGUGACAAUGCUGCCCAACCCCUCACACCUGGAAGCCGUUAACCCUGUGGCUGUUGGGAAGACUCGCGGGAGACAGCAGUCCAGGCAGGAUGGGGACUACUCUCCAGAUGGUUCGGCUCAGCCUGGGGACAAGGUCAUUUGCUUACAGGUUCACGGUGAUGCUUCUUUCUGUGGUCAAGGGAUUGUUCCUGAAACAUUUACACUCUCUAAUAUCCCGCAUUUCAGAAUUGGUGGGAGUGUCCAUUUGAUUGUCAAUAACCAGCUGGGUUACACCACUCCUGCAGAAAGAGGAAGAUCUUCCUUAUACUGUAGUGACAUUGGGAAGCUUGUGGGCUGCGCCAUCAUCCACGUCAAUGGAGACAGCCCAGAGGAAGUGGUCCGGGCCACGCGACUGGCGUUUGAAUACCAGCGCCAAUUCCGGAAGGAUGUGAUUGUUGACUUGUUGUGCUACAGGCAGUGGGGCCACAACGAACUGGAUGAGCCCUUCUUCACCAACCCAGUCAUGUACCAGAUCAUCAGAGCCCGGAAGAGCAUCCCCGACACGUAUGCAGAGUACCUCGUGGCCAAUGGACUCAUGACCCAGGAGGAGGUGUCGGAAAUCAAAACCUCCUACUACGCGAAGUUAAAUGGCCAUUUAACUAACAUGGCGCACUACAGCCCCCCUGCCACGAACCUGCAGGCCCACUGGCAGGGCCUGGUUCAGCCAGAAGCUUGCAUCACCACCUGGAACACAGGUGUGCCCCUUGACCUCCUGCGGUUUAUUGGCAGGAAGUCUGUGGAGGUGCCGGAGGAGCUCCAAAUGCACAGUCACCUUCUGAAGAUGCACGUGCAGUCCAGAAUGGAGAAAGUGAUGGAUGGAACAAAGUUAGACUGGGCCACAGCAGAAGCUCUUGCCCUAGGCUCAUUACUUGCUGAAGGUUUUAACGUCCGUCUGAGUGGCCAAGAUGUUGGCCGUGGAACUUUUAGCCAGAGGCACGCAAUGGUUGUUUGCCAGAAGACCGAUGACACCUAUAUCCCCCUGAACCAUAUGGACCCUAAUCAAAAGGGGUUUCUAGAGGUCAGCAACAGCCCACUGUCGGAAGAGGCCGUCUUGGGAUUUGAGUAUGGGAUGAGCAUCGAAAGCCCUAACCUACUGCCCCUCUGGGAGGCUCAGUUUGGCGAUUUCUUCAACGGUGCCCAGAUCAUCUUUGACACGUUCAUCUCUGGAGGUGAGGCCAAGUGGCUCCUCCAGAGCGGCAUCGUGGUCCUCCUUCCUCACGGGUAUGACGGGGCUGGACCAGAGCACUCAUCUGGUCGAAUAGAGCGUUUCUUGCAGAUGUGUGACAGCAUGGAGGAGGGCGUGGAUGGGGAUACCGUGAACAUGUGCAUGGCUCACCCCUCCACGCCCGCCCAGUACUUUCACCUGCUACGGAGACAGAUGGUCCGGAACUUCAGGAAGCCCCUCAUCCUUGCUUCUCCGAAGAUGUUGCUCAGACUCCCUGCAGCUGUGUCAACUCUUCAAGAAAUGGCACCAGGAACAGCAUUCAAACCAGUCAUUGGUGAUUCAUCUGUGGAUCCAAAAAAGGUUAAGAGUUUAGUGUUCUGCUGUGGCAAACAUUUCUAUGCCCUGCUGAAGCAAAGAGAAUCUUUGGAGGCCAGGAAGCAUGACUUUGCUAUCAUCCGAAUGGAAGAACUCUGCCCUUUCCCACUGGAUUCGCUGCAGGAAGAGAUGAGCAAAUACAAACAUGUUAGAGAUUUUAUUUGGAGUCAGGAGGAGCCUCAGAACAUGGGUCCUUGGUUUUUUGUUUCUCCAAGGUUUGAAAAGCAACUGGCCUGCAAGCUCCGUCUGGUGAGCCGACCCGCGUUGCCGGUACCUGCUGUAGGAAUUGGCAGCGUUCAUCUACAGCAGCAUGAAGAAGUCCUCGCCAAGACCUUCACCCAAUGAUGCCCUAAAAAGAAACACUACUUACUUGUAAGAAAACUGCCAUAAAAAGAAAGGGUCGCCUCCUCCACUUUCUCCUCCUUCCAUUAGGUGCCACAAAAAGAAUGUAUUCCUCGAAGAUGUUGGGAUUGAUGAGGACAGAGGAGAGGUUAAUCUAGAAGAAUACAUGGAACAGCCAAAGGAAUUGUUCAUCAAGACGUGAAUCCUACAAGUCACUUUCGUCCUUAAAAGUACCAUAGUGUUAUAUUCUGUUAGACCUGCGUGGGUUGUAGAGCUAUGUCCUUAUCCGGAUGUUUCCAGACUCGACUCUUUCUAAUUAACUGGGUGUACCCAGGAAAAGUUCUUGAGUCUGAAUUUAUAGUUGCAUAGGGAUUACCUCAACAUUACCUCCCUAUUUUCUUGACGCAUGUGACUUUCAUGAAUUUUCCCUUUUUUAUUCAAAGUCCUUGACUACCUGUAUUUUCAAUUUAUGUCAUCUCUGGUACUGCUUUCCAGCCACUGUGAAAAAUGUUUCACCAAAUCAUUUUCACCUGUAAAUAGUUCUAAUUUAGGAAACUCUACAGCUAAAACCAACUAACAGUUACCUAAGAAUAGGGCAGAUUCCAGAAUAUGUCUCACCUUAUCAUGCCUGGAAUUUAGUUUUCAGUUGUGGCAUAGAUCUCCCUGCAAUCUAUUUUAUGUAACACAUUAUGUAACACUAUAGCAAAACUGUAUUAUUCCUGAUUUGUGUUCUUCAAGAUCACUAUUUUACCCAUUAUCCUUAAAUAUAGGUCUUAUUAAAUAUAAACCUCCGGGUGUAUGAUCCUUUAGCACGGUAUUAUUAAGCUGAGUUAUAGUUACGAUGAAAUUGAUUAGUGGUCCACUUUGCCAUAGUAUCUUUUUUCUUUUUCCUUAAAUUGUUCUUGCCGCGAUACCUUAAUAUUUUUAAUUACCUCUGGGUGUCUGAUGUGGGGAUUUCAGCCCCUGGUUGAUCAUCAGCCUUGCCUCUAAAAGUCCCUGCUGUCAUAUGAUGUUAAUUUGUGAUACUUAAGGGUCACUUUAACUUUGAUAGCAGGAACUUCCCAACAUCAGGCACUUUCUGGAUUUCUAGAGGUCACCAACCCACUCCCUUAUUCUGAAAUUAAGCUUAUAACUGGAAGUAUAACUAAAUAUCAGCAAACUGUGUACACUUACCUGGCUUGGUGCUGCAGAGCACUGCCAUGUACCAUGCUUGUGCUGGGACACUGUUUUUCUCAGAAAUGGGGGAAGUACCGGGGCCCUGUAACACCCUCUCCACUUUUACUGGCAACUUUUAAUGUCUUUCAGAAUCAAUGUAUAGGUUGUUCUGGCCACAGCAGUAGAUUCGUGAUUCACAUCUUAAACGUGUACAUUAGUGUACUGAUUUACUGUUUCUGUAAUAUUCACAUCCCUUUUAUUCCUAUACACGUGAAGGCUUUCUUCCUUCGCCAAGCCUUAUAAAUCAUGUAGCUUAGUGUCACACAUGUCAACCAGUAAAAUUACAAAGGUCUGCUUAAUGAGAAUGGUUAUCAAUGUUGUAUAUUGAACUAGAAAAAAAAUAAAAGCACAGUGCCAUUUUUUUUUCAGAUCUCUCGGUUUCUUGAGUUAAAACAUUUCAAAAGUCUGAGCACAAAAUGAGAUGGAAAACCAGAUAUUUUUUAGUUGAGAUCUCUCCAGAUUUCUAACUUUACACCUCACGAGUCUGUUUCCUGUUACAUCUCCAACCUGAGCCCUGAAAUGUCUUCUGUAUCUUAACCUUACUCUCAAUCACCAGUGCAACGUGGAUCAGCAUUUUGAAUUACCUUGCAGGAAGAGGCCAUUUGAAGAAUUCCAGAUCAAAUACUCACAUAAUAAAGAACGGGAUAAAUAUAUCAAUAAUAAAGUAAAAUAUUUUAAAAAUUGAUAAUGUGGUAUUAAUGUAAAUCUAUGCUAGAAGCACAGAGUCUGAACCACUGGACCGCCAGGGAAGUCCCCCAAAUUUUCUUUCUUAUAAGAACAAUUUUGCUCAGUUUUCUAUAUUUUCCGUACACAUACUAUAAGCAAAAAUGUUCUAAAGCAUAGCCGUUUUGGGGCUGACUGUAUUACCUUUGAAGUUUUAUUAUUUUAAAAAAUUCCUCGGCUGGCAAUAGAAACAGUAUCACUUUUGCAAAAUUGAAGAAAUAUGGUUUUAGCAAUUAAGGGUUACACAGGAAGGAAGUCACAGAUUAAGAAUCAAGACUUUUGGUCAAAGAAAGACAAAUACCAUAUGAUAUCACUCAUAUGUGGAAUUAAAAUAUGAUACAAAUAAACUUAUUUACAAAACAGAGACAGACUCACACACCUGGAAAACAAAUUUAUGGUUACCAAAGGGGAAAGGGGGUGGGGGAGAGAUAAAUUAGGAGCUUGGGAUUAAUGGAUAUCACUACUAUAUAUAAAAUAAAUAAACAACAAGGUCCUGCUCUAUAGCACAGGGAACUGUAUUCAAUAUCCUAUAAUAAACCAUAAUGGAAACAAAUCUGAAAAAGAAUAUAUAUAUGUAUGUAUAUAUGAUAUUGAAUCACUUUGCUGUACACCUGAAACACUGUAAAUCAACUAUACUUAGAUUUAAAGAAAGAAGGAAAGAAAGAAAGAAUCAAGACUUGGGUCUUGAGGUUCCUCAAGCCUUACCUAAUUUCUCUUAGAUAUACUUGGAUAUUUGGAUAUUUUUCAGCUUCUCAGAGGAUUCAGGCUAAAACUAUUAAAUUUUUGGGAAAUUUGGACAAAAUGUUUAAAUCCUCAAUAUUUGUAACACACUAUUACACAAGUAGACAAUUCCUAAAUUAUUCUAUGGAAAUAGUAAUUCACUGUCAUGCUUGUAUUUAAAUCUGAUAAAGCACAAUCUAAAGCAGGCUGUUAGUUCCCCAUGGCUAGCUGCAAAAUCAGUUAAUUUUAGCAAACUUUUAAUAAAAGUACACUACUUUA